GUGUGUGUCCCCCCUUUUUGUCAGCUCCAACGUGGGACAACCUCAGCCACUUUGCGGGUAAAAUAGCACGACCGGCGCGCUCAGCCCUGCAGGGCUGUGACCGGAAGCCUGGGGCUCGGCUCACGGCAAGAACAGAUACAACGCCGGGCCCUUGCAGCGGCGCAAGGGCCAUUUUCAGAAGCUGCAGGCGGGCAGCCGCUGGUGCAUGGCUCAAGAGUUUGCCCCUGGACCAAGGUAGCCAAUGGGGAAAGGACAGAGGAGAGGCGGCCUCAGCAGCUGGCCAAUCACAGGCGUCCAAGUGUCUCAAUUGCACCGCGAAAGUGGUUGAACGUUUUUGCCAAGGCUGCGGUGCAUCGCUUCGGGCAGGGCAGGCGGCGUCCUGAGCACCUCGGAGCUUUCCUGCUGCAGCAUUCGCUGUCUUUGUCUGCAGCAGCUGUGCGAUUGCCGCAUCCGUCAGGUGUCCUUCCGUCCACAGCACGUGCCCUCCCACUAAUGCAGCGCGGGGCACCGCCGCCUAGCCUACGCCAAGCUCGUGUGAACGGACGGAGCAUUCCGUGUCCAGCCCCAGCCGGGCUCCGAGCACUGCAUGCGCUUGGGCGACAUUCCCAAAGAAAGAAAAUCCAGAAACAGCCUCUUCUAUCUCCGUAUAUAAGAGCCAUAGUGAUUCCAAAGAAUAAGUUUGUCCUGGUGAAAUUUGACACCCAAUAUCCUUAUGGUGAGAAGCAAGAUGAAUUCAAAAAGCUGGCAGAAAGCUCAGCUUCCAGUGAAGAUCUGCUCAUAGCUGAAGUGGGAAUAUCAGAUUAUGGUGAUAAACUGAACACAGAGUUGGGUGAGAAAUACAAGCUGGAUAAGGACAGCUAUCCUAUUUUUUACUUGUUCCAGGAUGGGGACUUUGACAAUCCCUUACUUUACAGUGGCCAAAUAAAAGCUAGUGCUAUUCAGCGUUGGCUGAAGAGUAAAGGCAUCUAUCUAGGAAUGCCAGGCUGCCUACAAGAAUAUGACAUCCUGGCAAGCAAAUUUGUGAGUACCACUAAAGAGUUAGAGCGUCAAGCUCUUCUCAAACAGGGGCAGGAGAGUUUAGCAAAAGCCAAGGAAACGGAGAAGAAACGGGCUGAGCAGUACUUGAAAAUCAUGAGCAAAAUCCUGGAGCAAGGAGAGGAGUUUGCUGCUAAUGAAGUUGUCCGGAUCACAAAACUGCUUGAGAAGAACAAAAUGAGUGACGGGAAGAAGGAGGAGCUCCAGAAAAGUCUAAACAUCCUCGCCUCUUUUCAAAAGAAGAAUAGUGAAAAAGAGGAGCUUUAACAGGCUGGAGAACUUUGUACAAGCUGUGAUAUUCUGGCACAAGGUCCCAUCCAGUUCUCCUUAUGCAAGCAAACUUUCCUUUGACCUCCAGGGAGCAGCAGAAUUCCUUCUAGUGUGCUUGGUGCUUUAGAAAACUCAGAGAAAGGCAUGUCGCCUUUGAAAAAUGACAGUGUUCUGUAGUAGGGAUUCAAACAAUCACCUCUUAAAGUGAAACUGAUGUGUAUUAGUUGAUAAAUACUAUUACACACAAAAAUACAUUAAAAACAGACUUCAGGUUGCAAAGUCAAGCACUCAAAAAUUUAGGAAAUAAUAUAAUUAAGGUUGCCUCUGCAGAACUGUCCCUCCACUGCACUGAAUGGGGAUAGGAGUCCUGUGGAAAAAAUAUGUGAUCAUGUAAUUAAAGACUAUCAUAAUGCACAUGCACAAUGGGGCUGAAUUGAGGUUGUACAGGCAACCUUAAUGUUGGUGUUUCCUAACUUUUGAGUAUUUGGCUUUGCAAUCGUAAUCUUUUAAUGUAGUUUUUGUGUGUUUAAUUUCCUAGAUUUUUUUAAAAAAGCAAACUGAACAAGCAGAAAUCCUACCAUGUAGUGUUAUAUUGUCAUACACAUGGUUCAGCAGCAGCGUUGAAACCAUUAAAUCCACCACACAGACGUAGUAAGUGAUAGCAAUUAGCAGGUUGUCAUCCUCUACGGAGUCUACGUGACCAGUACUAGAAGUGGAAGAUACACUUUGCCAGUGAGUUUCAUAGAUAUUCGUUGAUAGCAAAGAAUGCUGAGUGAGAUUCAGGAAUCUUGGGUUCUAUCCUAGGCUCUGGAGGGAAGUAGGGUCUAGUGGGCACAGAACUUUUCUCCCCCAAGUUUACCCCUUUCUACCCCACCCCCUGGCUCCUUGUUCCAGUCUCUGCUCUUCAGGCAUCUCAUCCCAAUCUCAGUCCUUCCCCAGAAAAUCCUAGUUUUCUCUUGCACCCUAACUCUUUCUCAGAUCUUUUUCUUCUCUCCCAUUUCCCCCCACCCCCUGAACACUGGUUCCUAGACCCAGUUUCCAUGAGCUCCUUGUCUCAGUAUCCCUCUAAUCCCCCCCCCCCCCAGCCAACUGGCUUCUACUCACCAGCUCUCAAUCCCAGCCUACCCUCCUCCUCCAACUCCCAGUCCCAUCCUGGUAGCAGACUCUUGGGGCAUUUCAGAUAAAUGGUCUCAGAAAGUUAACAUGGGCCAAACAACAUUGUUUUGCAAGCCUUGUUGUGAAAAAUGACAAACUGUUUUGGCUGAAAUUUUCCAAAACUCAGCCUGGAGGAGAUGCCCCUUGUGGAAGAGUUCAGCCCAAAUGGUGAACAUUUGGCAAAAUUCUAAGUGUAUACAAGGUCUUAUAAGGGAAACAGUUGGGCAUUCAGAACAACAGGCAGUGCUACUAGUCCUCCCCGUAAUUGUUUUAAAAUAAUACCUUUUCCAGAGAUCAUUUUGUUCUCUGUGAACAAGCAGAUUCUGCUGCCCUAGCAAGUGUUACUGCAUUUGCUGUUCCCACGUGAAACUCAGGCAGCUGCCCUAAGACUCUCUGUGCAUUUGCACUCAGGGCUUAACACAGGGCCUGCAGAGAACCAGGCGCGACCUGAGCGUUGCUCUACGCUACGUAGUACGUACCAGGCUAUCUGAGUGCAGGGGUGGGUGCAAAGAGCGAGUACUGCUGCAAAUAAAGACGGUGCAUUACUACUGCUACGUGAAA